AUGCAUCAGCAGAUCGUAUUAGAGACAAAAAAGCUGCGACAACUACAAAUGGCAUCGGUGACAGAAGCUAAAGUAGGGAAUCUGCUAGCCUUUUCUAUUAUCGCAAUUACUACAAAAGUUAUUGUUAUUGUUGGAGCUGUAUUUACCUUUCAAGCAUGUUGGAUGCAAUCUGAUGAUUACGACAUUGAAAAUUCAAGACAAAUGUUUUAUGAAUAUUGGGUGAGCGAAACGACGCGCAAGGAAAAAAUUAACGGAAUUACGGCAAUUGAUUUUACUUAUCACGAAGAACGCCAUAAUAAGAUUAUUGAGCCACUCGGAACGAUGGUGAAUAGCAAGAAGAAGACAUUAAGCAGCAAUUUAAUUAAAUUGCCCGCUUGGUUCGGUUACAUACACCUGCCUUUAAGUUUAAUUGUAGCCGCAGGUACCCUGCACGCCACGGUUUGGUGGAAUUUCAUCUUACAACCAGCACCAUCUAUGUUGCUCGAUUUCUGUGUCGAUGAUUUGAAAUUGUGCCAACGACAAUGUGACAUAUUUCUUGAUGAAGAAUAUCCUCUUAUUGUGAACAGUGAUUUGGAAUUAGUGGUAGGAGAAGUGAAAGAGAGUUUUAACACUUAUUUAUCAAUUUUGACUGAUAAACCUCAGAAACUAAAAUGGGCCAUGUUAUCCACUUGCUUUUCUUAUAUUCUGCUGUUAGCUAUUGCUUUCGCUUCAACCUUAAAUUCAUUUCUUAAACAAAUAAUUCGGAAGAAAAGUCACGGUAGGUUUUGUUAG